CCAACAUUGCGUUGAAGUGGAGUCGAGGAUCAUCGAAAACUGCCGACUUCAUUAUCAGGAAUUUUGCCCCACUGAAUCUUCGAGACGCACUCACAGCGCACGUUUCACUUCGGUACUCCGAACUGAAUACUGAUUGAGGGAUAUUAAAAUUUUGUGGUGAAAUUGAAGUCAGCGCGAUGCACAGAGUUAUUGAAUUUCAUUCAAUAUGUGAUCAAGUAACGGCUUGUAAGAGAUAUGAGUGAAGUUAUCGGUAACAUGAGGUUAAGUGUUAAGUUUGACUCGAUUUUAGAUUAAAUUACAUUUGUCGUUAAUAUGUAGAAAAAUUUGAAGAAUAAAAAGUAACGAUGACUCUUUUAUUGUUGCUGAUGGCGCUGACUGCCGUUGCUGCAGACGAAGCAACCGACCCAAAAGGACUACUAGAACCGACACCAGAACCAGUGAUAAAUGAUGGCGACUACACGGUUUACGUUGGCCGCUGGACCGAGUGCUCUAAGGGGGACGGAGACUUCGCUAAAACCAUAAAGACGUAUAAUAGCCGACCAGAAGCUGAUUCCUUGGUACACACGCCGCGUCUGGGCUUACAGAGGAGGCAAGUCCAGUGCCGUAGAAAGGACGGACAGUUUGUAGAGCCAUUAUAUUGCGGUAUUGCCAUUGCAAACAUUGGAACAACGCGAGUUUGUGUGAUGCAUGAAGAUUGUACUCUAGCAGAGUGGUUACCAUGGCGACCACGAUCCGAUGGGGCCCUUGUGCGAACUCGGCGGCUACGUAGACUGCCACAAGGCGGCGGCAAGGAAUGCGAAGUAGUGGAGGAGGUACGACCUGCUGUGUUAGAAGCAAGCGCACAUUGGACUCCAGGGCCCUGGGGACCUUGUCGCGUUUCUAUUGAACAACCGACAGCUUUAGCGCCCUCAGACGAUGACGACGAUGACGCUGAUGACAACGACGCCAUCUACGAUGAGGAAGAUGAUGAAACAGACGAGAGCGAUAAAGAUAACGAGGCGAGUUGCGGCGGUGGCGUGCAAAGGCGCGAGGCGACGUGCGUACGCGCUGACGGACGGGCGCUGCAUCCUGUACAGUGUGCGCAUGCGCAAAUGCCUACGCUUGUUCAACCUUGCGAGGUGCCUUGCCCACGUGACUGCGAAGUAGGCGAGUGGAGUGAGUGGGGAGCUUGUCAACCAACCGAUGGUUGUCCGUUAUUCCCUGUUCAACAACUUACCACUACAGGUUAUAGCGUCCGUCGACGUCGUGUAACGGCAGCAGCGUCAGGAGGCGGAGCGCCGUGCCCUCCUCUAGAAGAGAAACGUACUUGUACCACACCCCGAUGUGCAGCAUGGAAAGCUCUACCAUGGGGGCCCUGUGUGCUCACUCAGCCUCAUACCACUUGCGGGCCCGGACGGCGUACUAGAGAACUUCGUUGUAUCGGUCAUGAUGGAAAGGAAGCUCAGCGUGCAUGGUGCGGAAAUGGCGCCCCGCCGCGCAGUGAACGUUGCCGCAUCGCGUGCGCGGGCGACUGCGUGGUGUCGUCGUGGGGCGCGUGGUCUCCGUGCGCCGCGCCCUGCGUCGCGCCCGCGCACUCGCGCCCCACGCGCACGCGCCGCCGAUACAUCCUCUCGCACUCCGCGCCCAAUGGUUGGCCAUGCCCUUCAGAAGACCAGCUCAUACAGAACGAAACUUGCAAUACGCACGCGUGCGCCACUUACUCCUGGCUGGCCACGCCUUGGGGGCCCUGUGAGAGAAAACGACAGGACUAUAUGCCUGCUACCAACUAUACGGACCUACUGGACGGUGAGCCAUUCAAUGAAAGCGAUAAUGAAGAACCAUGCAUCGAGGAAGGUGAAAUGACUAGAGACGUAAUGUGUGUGCAAAACAACGCAGAUGUCGUUCGUGAAUCUUUGUGUGCGCCUCUUCGUCGACCGGCAUCUCGUCGCGCAUGUACCGUACGAUGCAAGCGAGGCUGUAGAGUAGAAGCCUGGAUGCCAUGGUCACCAUGCCCUAAUACUUGUGACCCAGGUAAACAAGUUCGAGUACGGACCGUACACGGUGGGCCAAAUUGCGGUCCAUUGCAAGAGACUCGGGACUGUCCCGUGGCACGCUCGUGUCGCUCUCGAGAUGCCUCGUGGGUCGCUGGCGAGUGGAGCACAUGCCGGCUGCCCCCAGAACAACGUUGUGGUGUAGGGUAUAGAUUAAGAAGCAUAUGGUGCGGAUCAGAUUCCCAUCGUGUAGAGGCAGGUGCAUGCGCAGGUCAGUUGGUGCCGCCUGGUGUCGCCGCCUGCACUGUCUCCUGCGAUUCGUUCGUCAUACUCACUUGUGAUGUUAUUUGCGCUGAUCCUCUCAAGUACUUAGAUGCUUCUGAUCCUGACGUUCCAUCAUGCAUUUGCAAAAAUGUAACACUGGAACUUCUUCCCGCCGACUCAGACUGCAUACUUCCUCCAGGAAUUGAAUGUGGUGAGGGGAGGUCUUUAAGGGCAGCUCGAUGCCUGGUCGGAGGUCGCGAUGUACCGAUGGACGUAUGCAAGAAAUAUCAUCCACUUACUGGUCCUCGUCGUGUUCGUGAAGCGGCAACUGACGGAUUCACAUAUGAUGAAGAAUUUGGCGCUCUUCUGCGAGGAACAUGCACCGUGCGUUGUGCCAGAGACUGCGCCGUUGGAGCUUGGGCUGCUUGGGGUCCUUGUGCUGCUGAACCUGGUUCCAGAGCUGCUUUCAGAUUUAGAACUAGAGAGGUGAUAGAAGAAGGAUCAGGCGGCGGUCGCGAAUGCGGCGCGACGUUGCAGCGCGCGACGUGCGUGGUGGCGGAGCCGCGCUGGGAGAUCCGCCAGUGGUCGGUGUGCGCGCCGCUUCACGCGCUGUGUGGCCGCGCCGUCAUCACACGCGUCGUAGAAUGUAUAGAUGCAGAUAGAAACAAACUAGAAGAUGUGACAUGCGAGACUUCGGGUGCAGGUCCCGCGCCUUCCCGCGAAACGAUUUGUCGCUCCCCAUGUCCCGCGGACUGCGUUGUCAGCACAUGGUCUGAAUGGAGUCCCUGUGAACAGACGAAGUGGGGCGGCCGGCGCGACCGCACUCGCGUCGUGCUGCGCGCAGCGGACGAGGGCGGCGCCGCGUGCCCGCACCUCGUGGCCGCCGAGCCCUGUGCGCCGCACUCCUACUCCUGGCACGUGGCGCCCUGGGACGACUGCCAACCGCUAGGAGGUUCGCCGUGUGGAGAAGGAACUAAGAAAAGAUCGGUACGGUGCCUUCGCAGUGAUGGAAUGUUCGUCAACGAUUCCUACUGUCCCAAUGCUACAGCAUCCGAAGCUCGAGAGUCUUGGUGCUACGUUCCGUGCGGUGUCGAUUGCGAGGUUGGGGAAUGGGGCGCUUGGGAUGCCUCUGCCUGUUCUUGUGGUGACGCUUCCACUACACGACACAUGCGGCGUAUACGCCAACACUUGACGAUGGCGGUGUGGCCGGGACGCGCGUGUCCCGCCACGGAGCAGCACGCGCCGUGCCCGCGGCAGCCCUGCCUCCGACUCGUCGCCCGCCCGCUGCUCGGAUGUCACGUGCAGACGUCAUCGGGAGAGGAAGCGGAAACGGCCUGUGGUUGGGGCGUCAAACUAUCCCACGCACGUUGCGAGCUGACUAGCGUGACAGACGAGCCCACAUCUGACGCUUACCUGGAGCCCUGGCGCUGUGCGUCCGCGCUCCCCGGCAGGAUUGUGGCACCGCCAUUACACUAUCAGGAGGAUGAAGAUUGUGAAGUGGAAUGUGGAUGUAAAGAAUCUGAGUUAGGCCAGCCCGGCCCUUGGGGCUCGUGGGGACCUUGUCGCGGAGGCGCCCGAUCUCGCACCAGACAGCUGCUCGUACCACCGCGACGAGCUUGCAGAACUAGUUCCAGAUACAUAACAAUUGAAUGGGCAAACUGCACCGGUGACGCCGACGAGAUCCCCGACCUGCUCGCCGUCGAACCGCACGAGGACAAGGUGCGCCGCGCCUGGCUCGCCCGCCACGUGAAAGAUAAGGACGUCUACCACGACGGAUAUCUCGAUGGAAGCCUUACUGUAAUGGUAGUUGUGUGGACGGCAACAAUUAUCGCUACUUUGUACGGCGGAUUUACCCUUUAUCACGGAAUACUCAGGUGCAUCAGAAGCCGGAGGUUGAAAGCCAUCACGAAAGUAUAAACUGAACCGAUAAAAAAUGUGGCUAUUCUUUCUCUUACGUGAUCUCGCUGAUUUCAGGCUCUCAAUGACAAACUUGAACAAUGUCAGUCUGUUUUUGUUACCUAUUUAUAUUAUUAAACAUUCCACUGUUA